CAUGCCCUGGUUUCCUCCACAGUGAUCCCAGACACUCUGACGGUGAUGGCAACUGCUCAGACCCUCUCAAAAGUGGAGGGGGACACGUUACAGCUCAGCUGUGAGGUCACACGCCAGACGUCCCAGCACAGUCACGUUUCUGUGGGGUGGUACCUGCGACCCUAUGAUGACCCCAAUUCUGGUCCACGUGACCUGGUUACCCUGUCACGGGACUUUGUUCUACGGCCGGGUGGACAGUACCGUCAACGUCUGUCUUCAGGAGACCUGCGUCUGGACAAGACCAGCGCCACUUCCUACCGUCUCACCAUCUACAAACUGCAGCCCACAGACCAGGGAGAGUUCUACUGCGAGGCCUCGGAAUGGAUCCAGGACCCAGAUCGCUCCUGGUACGCCAUGACCCGGAAAGAGUCGGAGAAGACGUCAAUCAAAGUUCAGCCCACAGAUCGGGACUUUAGUAUCCAGGUGACCACCGAGCGCCGGGCCUACACGGCUGGUGAGCCGCUGGAGCUCCGCUGCACCAUUGACGCUCAGAAUGUUCCAGAGCGCUUCUUCUCGGUGUCGUGGGUCUUCAGCAGCUCCCCUGUAGCCGUGAUUGGGCCCAGUGCCGUGCCUGUACUGGGACCCAACUACAUGGAACGAGAAGCCACCGGCCUCCUGACCGUGCGCAAAGAGAGCCCUUCUGUCCACCUGCUCAAGUUGCAGCGUCUACUGCCAGAGGACUCUGGGAAAUACAUCUGCAGAGUGACAGAACGGGAGAAGACCCCCACUGGAGAUUUCAUCGACCGCAGCAAGCGGUCCCGUAAUGUUCAGAUCACUGUAACCCCUCUCAGAAGUAAUAUCACUGUGUCAUUAUCCAGUAAUACUUCAGAUAUAAUGGAGGGGGAGACCGUCCAGUUGACCUGCGUUGUUAGCAGCACUGUGGGUCCCCUGUCUGUGACGUGGCAGUGGACUGAUAAGGAGGGGGCGGGUCCCGCUGUGAACGUGGCUUCGGUGGAUCGUGAGGGCAUGGUCACUCCUGGGCCCACCUUUAGGGAGCGCAGCAGCUUUGGAGAGAUCCGGGUGGAGCGGGUUCGACCCGACACGUUUACUCUGUUCCUGUACAAUGCCUUUCCCACAGAUGAGGGCCAGUACAGAUGCAGCGCCACCGAGUGGUCUCAGAGCGGGACUGCACCUGACUGGAUUUGGCAGCAGAUUGGAGAUGAAUCCGCCACCAAGACCGUCACUGUCAAAUCAGUUGAAUCUUUCUUCUUCGUGUCGGCCUCCUCUCGAACGCCCAGCGUGACGUUUGGAGACUCGUUUGACCUGCAGUGCAUCGUGAAGCCACGGCACAAUCCCAACGUUCCUGCUGCGGUCACUUGGCGCUUCCUGCCAGUAGAUGGCGAUGGAGAGUUCAGAGAUCUGGUGACGUUCACGCGGGACGGCACCCUGCAGUGGGGCGACCAGCUGCUGGGCCUGGGCACCCGUACCACGGUGGAUCGUACGCCCACGAACACCAACUUCCGCCUCAGCAUCACCCGAGCUGGACGCAAGGAGGCCGGGACGUACCAGUGUGCUGCGCUGCUUUAUCGGAGGAAUUAUGAUGGCACCUGGAGCACAGUGGCCAACCGCACCUCCAACCCACUGGGCAUCAGUGUACUGCAGCCUGUAAGUAAACUGAAGGUGCACAAGUCCAACCAGAGUCUGCAGUUUCUGGAGGACAGUCGGGUGCGUGUCAACUGCUCCAUCACCUCUCAAACCAGCCCGGACUCUCAGCAUGCUGUGUUGUGGUAUGCGCGGAAGGCCGAGGCAGGGGAGCCGGAUGAGCUGCUGUUGAAGAUCGAACACUCUGGAGCAUUCGAGUAUGGAGCGUACGCAGAGGAGGAACGUCUCCGCAGCCGUGUGCAGUCUGAAAGGCUCUCUCCUCGCCUCUAUGGGCUUACCUUGCACCGUGCCGAGACCAGCGACUCUGGAACAUACUACUGCCUUGUGGAGGAGUGGCUCAUGGACCCUGAUGGACUCUGGUAUCGCCUGGCACAAGACUCCUCCGGCUUCACACAUGUGGCUGUGAGACAGCCAGCGGUGAAGUUGCAGGUGGAGGAGGCAGAAUCUAAUAUCACAGUACCUGAAGAUGGAUCAAUCCGGCUGGGCUGCAGCAUUCUGUCUCAGUCUUCCAAAGAUUCCCGCUUCUCUGUAUCCUGGUAUGUGUACCGUUUGGGACAGGAGGAGGAGGAUGAACCAGAAUGCGUCUUUUCCAUCGGUCAUGAUGCAGUGUUUGGUAAUGGGAACUGCAGCCCUACGGAGGAGCCUGGUCCAAACUCUCGCCUGCAGUUUGAACGUGCCACCUCUGAACUGUACAGUCUGACCAUCCAGAAAGCUCGGUCCAGAGAUGCUGGCAAUUACUACUGCCAUGUGGAGGAGUGGCUGCUGAACCCACGCAAUGCCUGGUAUCGCCUGGCCACCAAUAACUCUGGAGUCACCAUUGUUAAUGUUAUGGAGCAGGUAUCGACCCUACAGUCAGUGGUUUGUUCCAACGACUCCCUCUUCUACUUCGUCUUCUUCUACCCCUUCCCUAUCUUUGGCAUCCUCCUCAUCGCGGUCCUGCUGGUGCGCUACAAGACCCGCAGCUCCAGCAAGAACCAAGAGGGCAAGAACGGAGCGCCGCUCUUGUGGAUCAAAGAGCCUCAUCUCAGCUAUUCCCCAACCUGUCUGGACCCCCCAGCCCUCAGCCUUCACCCCGGCUCUGUGGAGUAACAAUGACACGUGAUCCUGUCUCACUCAGAGACUCGCUCAUCUACUCUCUCUCUCUCUGACUCGCUCUCUGUUUUUCUUCUCCUCCUCGUCCGUGAUGAGGCCACCAGAAAGUUAUCUGGGUUUCUAGCCUGGCCUGUCAAUCCGUCCAUACGACUGACUAAGACCUUUCUCAGUUGAAGUUGCCAUGAUUAUGGUGGUUGCUGGCGCCGAUGCCUAGACAUUUGCUUUGCUUUCUUUUUCCUGAUCUUUUUUUAAAAUAUGAUUUUACUUUUCUGUGAGCCUUUUGAUGUGUUUUACCCGACUGACACCAAACUCCUUCCCUCUCUGGGAUCGGAAACAGCCGUUUCGUUUUGCUUUUUUACUCCCGUCUAUGAAGUCUGGUGAAAACCAUUACAUAUUAUUUGUUAUUUUGUCUGUGCUGAUUUUUGCUGCAGACGACUGGAAGGUCAUUGCUGGACUAUGAACGUUUCUAGAGACAAUGGUGUAUGGAUGAAGGAAGAAAAGGACAAUCUUUCCUCAGAAAAACUCGGAAAGCUGACAAAGGAUGUAUAUUGAUUUAGUUAGUGUGCACGUGCCACAGAACUGACCUAAGAACUGCCUUGGUUUAAGUGGAUCUAGACUAUGGAGAGCCCUCAUUGCCCACAGACUCAAGGAUAUACAUGAACUCCAGCUCAUCCUCACUGCCAAAUACCAAUACAACUCCAAAAGCCACAAAUUCAGAGACACUGAAUAGGAUUAGAUCUGGGUAACUCGAUGUUGGAAAAGACAGUGAGCUUCCUACACUGACAUGUUUCCUCAUCGCUGGUGCUUAGAUGUUGAUACAUGCCCCCAAAUCCCUCAUUUAAUUUCAAGGUCUUUUUUACAUUUUUCCAAUGUUAAGAAGUUCAAUAUAUCUCUAAAAACACCCUUGUGUGAUCUUGUUUGUGUAUAUAUGCACAAUUGACCCCACAUUUAGUGAGUUGUGGCCUCAGCGUCCUCGCAUUUGCAUAAUGCAAGGUUGAAGGGGGCAUUGAAGGAAUUUUCUCUCCGAAAUCUCUUGUAAAAACCGUUGUCUUGAGGGAGAAGGCAGACAGGACUAUAGACUCAAGGGACAUUCUCAGUGCCAAGAUCUUUUUAUCAUCAUACGUGCCCUUGUAAUGAUCCAGAAGGAAAGCGUUUAUUGGCAGACUUCUGCAUAUAUGAGUUAUGAAAGGAUUUGACUUGUUUUUUUUUAGUAUAUAUUCUAAAUCACAUAAAGUGUUGUUGUUCUUCUCUUUAUUGGUUUGUGUUUGAAAUAUGGUGCCCGAUCUUUGUGUUACUGCUGAAAAAUUGUGAAAACUUAUUGCGCAGUGUCAUAACCUGUGAAGACCUACUAGAGUGAUUAUAUCUCUGAGGAUGAAUAUAGCAUCUAAAUUAUUGUUGGUCUCCAUGGACACUUUGAAAACACUGCCACAUUUUACCAUUGAAGAUGCUAUGAUCCUCACAUUAGCUUUGCGAACCACACUAGUCAUGUUUCCUUCAAGAAAGAUUCAGCCUCUAUACUGAAGGCAUUUAGAGCUUAGCUGUAGCGUGAAUGAUUGUUGUUCAUUUUUCUUUUAUUUCAACGCGGACUAUGAAACACGACGUGUUAUCUAGGAACCUGCUGUCUGACACCAAACUGGAUGUCUCAUGAUAGACACCACUGAAGAUCUUAUGACUGUGCACCUUUCACUCCGCUCUCACAGAGCAUCAUCUGGGUCGCUGCCACCCUCGUGUAAUCUCAACAGUCAACAUCGCGGCUUUUCUGUAAAUGAAAUUUAGAUCCAUUCAAAGCUUGUGGUUGUCUUAUUUAUUGAAUCAUAAAACUCCUAGAUAGAAUAUGUGAACUUCAUAAAUGUGAAUAGACAGAAUGUGGCAGAAAUAGCAGUGAACAUUUAGGCAACUAUAAUUUGGCUACUUGCGUGCAGUGGCCUAGAGGAUUAUGGGAAAUAAUUCUGAACCAGUCUGAGAAUUUUCGUACAGAUGACACAGAAAUCUAUCUUUAUCGACAAAAUUUUGUUGAACUGUACAGUGCAUGAUGAUGAGAAAGGGGGACAUUUUAUUGAUGUCUGAAAGUUUUGUCAGAUUAAUGGCAUCGUCACCAUCAACAGGUGGUCAAUAGGUUGGCCUUCCUGAUGUAGGAGAUGUGUAGUGUGAUAUUGAGUGUGAUAUUGCGGUUCUGCUGUCGUUCAAUCUGUACAGACUUAUUCAGAACUCUAAAUAGUGUUUUUGUAGUUCAACAUGCCCAGCUGAAUCAUAAUGUUCUCACAAUGUUGUAAAUGCAUUUCGAGGGCUGCAUGUCAUGGCUGUGUACUGGCAGUAUACUGUAGCUGCAGAAAAACAAAACAAAUGACAAAAAAAGUUGUGUUGAUGUGUGUUCAGUUCAGCCAGUGCUGCUUUUUAAAGUGGUGAUUUUUAUGUUCUUUUUUUUAAAUAAGCAAAAUAGUGCACUAUAUAUAUAAAUAUAAAAAUAAAAAUAAAAAGUUGCCAUAGUUUUUUUUUUUUAUGGUUAUGUGUUUUUGUUGUACUCUACAUUUUUUGUGUUUUUUUAUAUCUAUACUUAUUUUAUUACAUUGUAGCAAUUGCUAUUAUGAAAAGGCACUUUGCUAUUGUCAGUUGAUUGCAAUAAAACAUUCAGUGCACCACA